AUGGCUGAUGUUCUUGGCUUGCUGCGUGAGUACCAUAUUCUAAACAAGGCCAUCAUCGAAACUGAUGAUGAGAUUAUCUUCGGUGAAUUUGCUUGGCCGAAAUCGGCAAAAACAAACUAUGUUAUGUGGGGUACUGGGAAAGAUGGUGCUCCCAAGGACUACUACACUUUGAAUUGCAUCAUGUAUCUUCUCAAAAAUGUCAGCCUUGCUCAUUCAAAAUACGUUAGACAAGCAGCGACCGAAGGAAUACCUGUUGUGAGGCUUCCCGAUAGACGCGAUCUUUUGGCCUACCUCAAUGGCGAAACAAAUAUCGCUGUUAAUAUUGACAGAACAGUUCCUGUUGACAUCUCAAUCCGCAGGGCCAUUUCCAAGGACCCUACAGAUGUCCAGAAUGUACGCGGAAGUAAGUCAUACUGGUGCUUUUGCAUCUUUGUCUUGCACUGUUACCUUGUUUUGCGAGUCCCAAAGAGAAAUACAAAUCUUUUAGUUGAGCACCUGGACGUUGAUGGACCUGUUGAUGCAAAACGAGCGCGACUGUCUUCGUUCGAAUCAGACGAUACAAAGUCUGGCGAUAUCCAGCACGAUGAUCUUACCAUCGGGAAAAUUAACUCUACUCUAGAUCAAGCGGAAGGAAGUGCUCUCCCCAAAGCCAUAUCCUUGGAUAAAAUUCAGUCCCUUCGAGCCAAGUUUCGGGCCAAUCAGCAGGUUGCGAAGACAGAUUUUCCAGGCGACCAACUGGGCAGUCCAGACGGUCUAGACCCCACCGCCGUUGUUACUGGUGACGAACCCCUCAUUUUGGCUACGGGGAUCACAGGUUUUCAGUUGAAGCCCUCUGAUCCUAACUACCAAGGUCCGAAUUCUCAAGUUAUUGUCGCUAUUGACGAACAACAGCUUGCGCUUGCGCGCGCCGCCGACCCUAAACGUGUUUCCUUUCUUGCCUCCGACGUGGAUGCCGUUCGUGUAAUUUCGUCGCGGGAACGUCGAUGGCGAACAAGAUCAACUAUCCUCCAAAGCCAAGGGAAGACCUUUUACGAAAACAUUGUGUUGGGUAUUUUACGCAAUGUCAUGCUUAAAGAAAACGCCCACUUGGCGCCAGACCGUCGUGAUGCCUUUAGUGGAGCAAAUGGUCCCUUGAGUACUUUCUAUAAGACACCCCUGGUGUCGGCAGUCCAACAGCAACAACAGAACCAACCACCCGCCAUGCAGUAUUCACGAUACGAUCAGGAACGUUUUGCUGCUGGUCGAGAAGAUACAGCUGGAUUCCGUAUCGACACCAUGAGUUCCUAUCAUGGUAAAGCUCUCGCUUCCAUGGUUGGUAGCUCCAUUGGAACGUCAAAGCCAGAUGGCAAUGGUCUGUCUGUGGAUGUAAUGUCCUAUGGAAACACCGGACCAACGUUGACUGCCAUGCGGCUUCCCACAACCCCUGGCCAUGAGACAUCUUUUGGAGCCAGAACGCCACGGGACCCAAGAGGCGUGGCUGCCGGUACUCCAAUCUCCGGUGGCUUAACUCCAGAUCCGUAUCGCAGUGCUCGCUCUGUGCCCUCCCGCCCCAAGCCGCGUGUUUCUCGAGUCCCUAUUAUUAUCAUUCCGGCAGCACCAACUAGCCUCAUUACAAUGCUUAAUGCCACUGAUAUCCUCCAGGAUCUUCGAUUUGUCACCGCUGAGGAGAAACGAAGCCAGGGGUUUAAACGUGAGAACGAGGUUCUUAUCCACCGUCAGAAGCCAGAUGGUCGAACGGUGCCUUAUCGCGUGAUCGAUCAGCCGAACCGCCUUCAACCAGAAGAGUGGAAUCGCGUUGUUGCCGUCUUUGUGCAAGGUCAGGCAUGGCAAUUCAAGGGGUGGCCCAUUGGCAGUGAUCCUGCGGUCAUCUUUUCCAUUGUGAAGGGCUUCCACAUUAAGUACGCGAAUAUGCCACUGGAUCCCAAUGUAGCCAAGUGGAAUGUUCACGUGAUAAAUUUGGACAGACGGCGACACUUGGACAAGGUUAACUUCCAAAGUGUCUGGGAUCAGUUGGAUAAAUUCAUCGCAAAGAACAAGCCUUUCCUCAGAUCGUAG